GUUCAAUAAUACUACACCGCGGCUGUUGGGCAAGGACAAGGUAUGCGAAAGCGAGCAUGGGCUGAGUGAAUUGAUAGGUAGAUGAAGGAGAUUGGUACAUUGGCUUGUUGUAUGCUCCAUUACAGGACAAGGUGCUUUGGGUUGUGCAGCUCCACCGUCGAUCAGGCUGGCGCUUCAGGGCGUCUAAGUCGUCCUUGUGAGGUCGCCUGCGCCUCCAUUCUGAUCUCUGCAUCUUCCAGCAAAUUGAUACACUCUUCAAAACAGACUAUCUCAAUCUCGUGCAGGCCAGUCUCUUUGAGUAAUCCCUUGUUGUCAAAGAUCUCAAAGAGAGUCCUUUCGACGUCCAUCUUGACAUCCGAUUGGCGUGUUAGCAGGUCUACACGCACCGCAUCGAGGUCGAAUUCGCUGUCAAAGUUCUCUGCAAGGAUUGGAGUGAGCCUGUUUCGAGCGCUGAAAAUAGUGUUCCGCAAAGACUUCAUCAGAGACGCCCAUUCUAAGGUCGCAUCCGGGCAGUGCGUAUUAAGAGCCUGCAAGCGAUCAAAGGGACAGGUUCAAACUUAGUGAGUGUCCACUCACAGAACGCAAUUGCCGGUGCUCCUUACAUUGAUCCACUCAGUCUCGUCGUCCC